CAAACUCCUUCAGAGGGAACCAGCUUCAUUGCCUUCACCAUCAUCAUUGUCAUCCGACCCGGCAUCGAGUGAAGACGCCAUGAUGGAUGACAUAGUAGAUUCGCAGCAGCAGAGCUGCUUCACUGCCAAAAACAGCUGCAGUGAGAGCGGCGUUAGCUGCAAUGCCACCAACAGCUCUACAAAUGGUUCCGUCUGUUCGGACGUGGACGAGAACGGGCACCUCAGCCCAGAACCGUAUGAACAUAUCGACAGCAACAUCAACAAUAACAUCAACAACAAUAACAACAACAACAAUAAUAGCAACAGCAACGGGAUAAUAUCAGAACAGGAGGUGGAGAGUCACCCUCAGCACAGUACCAAUGGAUUACCAUCCGAUGCCUCUUCUCCGGUAUCCGGUCCACCAAGUCCCCCUUUGUGCCAGGUACCCCCACACCGGCUUUCUUCCCCAGACCACAGUCACCUCAACAACAGCGGGCACUACCAUCAGCAUUUCGGGCCCGGGCUGGGCCCCGGUUACUACCUGUCCACCAGCACACACAGUUUGGGAUACGGCUGCAUGACCACCUCGCCCAGCAGCUGCGCUUCACCGCCGGGCAGCUACCCUAGCUCCAACGCCAGUCACUCGGGAGGAUCCGGUACGCAUUCCAGAGGAGACAGCCCCGGCGAAGGAGAUGGUCCACCUCCUAUAGGAGGCCAGCAUGUGGUCCAUGUUCACGUGAACCCAGGAGAGACGUUCUCAGUGAGGCUGGGUGACCAGAUACAACACAUACAGG